AUGAAUCUAGUUGUAGACUUUGUCUUCAAUGAAUUUGAUGAUAAUCUUCGUAUGGCAUUGAACAAGGUUUUUGAAAUUGAAGUUUCUGAUGAUUCAGAAGCGACAACAGCAGGAGGUGAAGAAGAUCUUGGUUUACAGAACAAACCAACUACUGGUAUCAAAGGAAAAAUAAUUAGUUCAUCAAAGUCAAAACGACGUUGUACUUUCAACCAAAAAUGGUUGAAAGAUCUAAAAUAUGCAGUAUUUAUCAGAGAAUGCCGAACUAAUAAAUAUUCUGCUCAUUGUUCUAUUUGUAAAUCAGAUUUCUCUAUUUCUAAUGGUGAUGUUUAUUUAAUUAAUCAUCACAUUGAACAAUCCAGUCAUAAACGUUUAGCUGAAACCCCAGCAAAAGAAAAUUCACGAUCAAUACACGAUUUUAUUCCAGCAUCAUCAACGCUAACUAAAUUGACUGCAGCUGAACUUAGUCUUGUUUAUCAUGGAGUUCGUCGUGGCUAUAGUUAUUUAAGUCAAUCAUGUACAGUUGAUCUUCUUAAGAAGAUUUUUAAUGAUUCUCAAAUUGGACAAAUUAUCACUUGUGGCAAAAAAACAAAAGCACGAGAAUUAUCAGUAAAUGUGCUUCGAAUCAUCAAAAUUGAUCAAAUUACAUUCGAUCAAAUCGAACGUUGUGUAGCUAUUCUUCAUAUUGAACUCAAUCACGACAAAUUGUUUGACGAAAUGAUUCAUAUACAAUCAACAUUCAAGGAAAUUGUUUCCUAUCGUGAAUCACUCUCUGAUCAGAUACAAAAAUAUAUUGGUAAUCGUAAUUUCAAUGAAGUCGAAGAAACAGCUGAAGAAGAAAGAUUUUUUCAUAAAACAACAACAUCAAAUCAUCAACACAAUCAUCGUAGAAUUCGUCCAGAUCAACUCUGGGCUUAUUUGAUCUCAAGAGCAACGACAAACCUUCAAGAAAUAACAAAAUUAAUUUCUUUUGUUUAUUCUAUUCCUUGUUCCAAUGCUUUUACUGAAGGGGUGUUUAAUCCCAUGAAACAAGCAUGGAUACCUAGUAGAAAUUUAAUGUCUGUUGAAACAAUUGCUGCUGAAUUACAAAUAAGAUUAAAUGGCCAAAUGAAAUGUGAUGAUUUUUUUAUACGUACAAAAUGA